AAAGCGAGCUACUGUAGUUUUCCUUCUAUACUCAUUGGGUUGCUGCAUGUUGGACAGCGUGUGAUUUCUAAACCCUCGACGACAUUCCCCAAACCCGUACAUCGCUUGCAAGACUGCAGCAAUGUUGGCUCGUCCUUGUAUGCGCGCCCUCGGCCGGGGCAGAGUAGGCCGUGUGCCCACCUCAGCGGCAGCAGCAUGCAGAGCAGCUGUCCGUCCGGCUCUGGCCAGCGGCUAUGCCUCUGUAUCAAAGGGCACUCGCCAUGAAGAGACGUCGGCUCGCUCGGCCGUCAUCAACGUGCUCCAGAACCUCGGAUCCAAGCGCGAGGUGCAGCAAUACCUCUCGCAGUUCCAGUCGGUUUCGUCGCAAAAGUUCGCCGUUAUCAAGGUUGGCGGUGCCAUCUUGACCGAUUACAUCGAUGUCCUCUGCAGCUCGCUGCGCAACCUCAACCAGAUGGGCCUGUUCCCCGUCAUCAUCCACGGAGCCGGCCCCCAGAUGAACAAGCUUCUCGGAGAAGCUGGAAUCGAGCCUCAGUACAGCGAGGGAAUCCGUAUCACCGAUGGACCUACACUGGGCGUCGCGCGCAAGUUGUUCCUCGAGGAGAACCUGAAGCUCGUCGAGGCUCUUGAGUCAUGGGGUGUUCGUGCUCGUCCCAUCACCUCUGGUGUCCUCAUGGCCGACUACAAGGACAAGGACACAUGGAAGUUCGUCGGUGAGGUCAACAAGGUCAACACCGACCCCAUCAACGCCGCCAUUGCCGACAACUACAUCCCCGUCCUUACCUGCAUGGCCGAGAACAACGAGGGCCAGCUCCUCAACGUCAACGCCGAUAAGGCCGCUGCUGAGCUGGCCAAGGCACUCGUGCCUCUGAAGAUUGUCUACCUCUCCGAGAAGGGUGGUCUGCACAACAAGGACACCGGCAAGCUUAUCGAGGCCAUCAAUCUUGAUGAGGAGUACGACCGCUACAUGAACAUGCCCUGGGUCAUCCACGGCACUCGUUCCAAGAUUAGAGACAUCAAGGACCUCCUUGACCACCUCCCUCGCUCUUCCAGUGUGGCUAUCAUCCACCCCGAGAGUCUUGAGCGCGAGCUGUUCACCCACACCGGUGCCGGAACCCUUAUCCGCCGUGGUACCAAGCUCCACAAGGCUGCUUCGCUGGCCGAGUUCCCUGACAUGAACAAGCUCAAGCAGGUUCUUGUUCGCGAUCGUGAGGGUCUUGAUGCCGAGGCCGUUGUAGACCGCUACCUUGACAGCCUCAAGGGCAAGACUUUCGCCGCUUACUACGACGAAGGCAUGGAGGCCCUCGCUGUUGUCCUUCCCCCGGAUUCCGCUACUUCUUCCAGCGGUCUGGCCCACCUGGCCACUCUGACCAUGACCCGUUCCGCAUGGCUCUCCAACAUCGCCGACAACGUUUUCCAGCACUUGAAGAACGACUACCCCAAGCUUGCUUGGACCGUCAAGCAGGACGACGAGAACUUGACUUGGUUCUCCGAGAAGGCUGAUGGCAGCAUUGCCCGCCAGGGUGAGGUCCUCUUCUGGUACGGCAUUGAGACCCCUGAGGAGGUCCGUGAGUUGAUGGCCGAGUUCAUCCAACACGGUAGACAGAUGUUCGGUGACAACAACCUCGAGAGCCAGCUCCACCGCGCCGCAUCUGGCGCCCUUAGAAUCAAGGAUGUUGCCCAGAGACUGCAGCAGCACAGAGAGUCCCUUGGACAACAGACCAGAUCCUUCUCGACCAGCUCUUUCUCCUCGCGCAACAUGCAGCGUGUUCGCAGCACCUUUGGCGUCCCCUCCAGACGUGGUUACGCCACCACCACUAACCCUAACCCUCCUCUUGGUAUCAAGAACCAGGACAAGGACUAUCCCUCCAAGGUCGCUCUUAUCGGUGCCCGUGGCUACACUGGCCAGGCUCUGAUUGACCUUCUCAACCGUCACCCCAACAUGGAUCUCCGUCACGUUUCAUCGCGUGAGCUCAAGGGCAAGAAGCUUGCUGGCUACACCAAGCGCGACAUCACAUACGAGAACCUCUCUCCUGAUGAUGUUCGCCGCAUGGCUGAUGCUGGUGAGAUUGAUUGCUGGGUCAUGGCUCUUCCUAACGGUGUCUGUAAGCCUUUCGUUGACGCUAUCGAGGCUUCAAGCCACAAGGAGUCUGUCAUUGUUGACCUCUCUGCCGACUACCGUUUCGACUCAUCAUGGACUUACGGUCUGCCCGAGCUCGUCAAGCGUAGCAAGAUUGCAGGUGCUACUCGUAUCGCCAACCCUGGAUGUUACGCUACUGCCGCCCAGCUUGGUAUUGCCCCUCUGGUUCCUUACCUCGCAGCAGCUCCUGCCAACCCCACUGUUUUCGGUGUUUCUGGUUACUCAGGUGCAGGCACCAAGCCCAGCCCCAAGAACAACGUCGACAACCUCACCAACAACCUCAUUCCUUACAGUUUGACUGACCACAUUCACGAGCGCGAGAUCAGCGCCCAACUCGGGCGCGAGAUUGGGUUCAUCCCUCACGUCGCUGUCUGGUUCGCCGGUAUCCACCACACCAUCUCUAUCCCCUUGGCCGACACCAUGGCUUCUCGUGAUAUCCGUCAACUCUACCAAGACCGCUACAACGGCGAGAAGCUCGUCAAGGUCGUCGGUGAAAGCCCUCUGGUCAAGAACAUCUCCGGCAAGCACGGAGUCGAGAUUGGCGGUUUCGCAGUACACAGCAGCGGUAAGCGCGUUGUCAUCAACGCCACCAUUGACAACCUCCUCAAGGGUGCUGCCACGCAGUGCUUGCAGAACAUGAACCUCGCUCUUGGCUACGCCGAGUACGAGGGCAUUCCUCUGUCAUAGAUGGAUAGAGUAGGUCAUGGCAGGUGGUUGUAUCAAUACAAGGCGUUAUCUUUUUUGCGUUGGUUCACAGGCACAUAGAAGUUGCUGGGUUGAAUUGUUUGAGUGGAGGAUGCAGAUUCGUGAUGAGGAUUGG